AGAGGUGUGGAUGGACUCAGCAUUACGAUGCAUGUCAGAAUUUUAAAAUAUGGAUUACCUUUUCAGAUGUUCAUUCUGAAAAGCUGAUCCCUCAAUAAAUUGAUGUCACUGUACCACGUAACAGCAACCAGAGUUUAAAAUCUCCCCUUAUUGCUGCCUCGCUUUGCACUUAUCACAUAGAGUUAAUUGUAAGAAAACAGGACUGUUUGGCCUGCUGUCCCCAACCUAACCACAGUAUAAUGUGGUUGUGUAGGGUGUCAUGCCUGGUGUCUUUGACAUGAUGCCUCAGUGGCAGCAGCACUUUCCACAAUAAGACACAGUAUAUGCACAUAACCCAAUGAUGACCUCAUAAGAUAGGAAAAUUGUUAUUACAAAUGUUAAAACCCAAACAUACUUAUAUACUUGGGUAAUGUUCGCAGUUUACCCAACUGACCAUCAUCAUUACUCUGUGUAGGUGAAAAAUUUUGAGCAUGCUAUUGAACAGUAGUCAAAUAAAAUGAAUAACUACAACUCUGAAUGAGACAUUAAGGACGGCAGGCAUGCUAAAUUCACUGACAUUAAAAGGAUGCAAAUAAUAAUCCUAACAAAAAAUAAUUAUGGGUUAAACUUUGUGUACACGAAACUUGAUCCAUAUUCUUAUGUCAUGUGUACAGCAUUAAGCAUUUGUGUUUAUAGAUUGAGGUAUUUGAUUGAAAUCCAAUGAGCCAUGGCUGCCAGCAUCUGGGCCAGUUUUUCUAACUACCCGAGAGACGAUCAAGUGACAGUGUGUGAACGAAAUGGUAACCUAAUUACAGUAGAUAGCAGCCAGGCAGCAGAAAAACUAAAGCUACACGGAUACCCAGAUAUCAAGCUAACCAAGGAGAUCCCUAAAUCCUGUACUGUCAGGGAGAGUGCUAAGUCUGCAUUCCUACCCCACGAGCAGACCGUUUGGAAACGAGCCUUACAUGCAUGGUAUGACCAAGGUGUGACGGGGGCUAUGGAAGAAGUGGCAAAUAGUAGGACAGAAGCUCCCCAGUGGACCGUGACUGUAGCUGGGAAGGCCCUAGCAUGUGUGCGCUGGGCAAACUCCUUACAUGGCUCUCUUUUUCCACACUUGUCCCUCUCCAAUGAGGACAUGAUCUUCAAGUUCUCCAGAAUUCGGCAGUGGUACUCCAGUCCUGUACGUGCCUUUUCCUGGCACCCACACAUCACCAAGCUGGCCGUUGCCUUACAUGAUGACUCCAUUGUUGUCCACUCUGCCACCAGCGAGAUCGUCCCCACCCUCAAGUGCAAGCUGCAGAAAAACGUUGCAGACUUGGCCUGGCAACCACUGUCGUCGUCAGUCCUAGCCGUGGCCUGUCAGUGUUGUAUACUCAUCUGGCAUGUGGAACCCACGUCACUGGCUACACGCCCAUCAGCCAGCACAGUUCAGGUGCUACAGUACAACGGUCACGGCCCCGUCACACGUGUAGCCUGGAGCCCUGAUGGCAGAAUCCUACUGUCAGCCUCCCCUGUUGACACGGCCAUGAUGGCGUGGGACGUUCCUAUGGAGACGUGUAUCCCCUUGCGGCGUGUAGGUGGGGGUGGAGUGACGCUCCUGGAGUGGUCACCGGACGGUAGUGCUGUGUUUGCUGCCACACCAUCUGCAGUCUUCAGGGUUUGGGAGACAGGCACCUGGAGCUGUGAGAAGUGGACUGGAAUGGCCGGCAGGUGUCAGGCGGCCUGCUGGAAUAAAGACGGAUCCGUUUUGCUAUUGGCAACAGAGAAUGAACCAUUCAUAUACUCUGUUACAUUCACCAAGGAUCAGGAUGUUAUGCUGGCUGGGAGUGAUGUAUCCAGGCCUGCAGUCCUCUCUCUGGAUUUGUCAGAGACUGUCCUCACUAACCCGGACGGUGAGGAGAUUAGAGUUGGAGGAUUAAUUCAUGACAUGGUCUGGGACCCCACGGGAGAGAGGCUGGCCCUCAUAUUUCAGGGUGACACAGAACCAACAGAGGAUGAAGUCAGAAGAGUUGUUGCCCUUUUCAGAACCAAAACAUCGCCAGUGCUUGAAUUUCUGCCAUGUGGGUUUGUUGUUGGCGGGCCCAGGGAGGUCCCCCUGCAUAUCGCAUUCCAGCCUGUCUUCAGAGAAGGUGCACUGCUGUCUGUGAUUUGGUCCAGUGGCAGGAUUGGCUACAUUCCAUUGUAUUUUGUGGCAACGGCAAAAGUUGAGCAGGAGCGGUUUCCUCAGCAGAUUCCAGUCAAUGGACAAGCUGAGACAUUCCUGUAUUCUGAGCAAAGGGAUUGAGCCAGGAUCACGAGCUGGCUUCUUUAAUAUCAUGAG